GGAGAGGGAGAGGAGAGGAGAGGAGAGGAGAGGAGAGGAGAGGAGACGGAGAGGGGAGGAGACGGAGAGGAGAGGAGAGGAGAGGAGAGGAGAGAGAGGAGACGGAGAGGAGAGGAGAGGAGAGGAGACGAGAGGAGAGGAGAGGAGAGAGAGGAGGAGAGAGAGGAGACGGAGAGGAGAGGAGAGGAGAGGAGACGAGAGGAGAGGAGAGGAGAGGUGAGGAGAGGAGAGGAGAGGAGACGGAGAGGAGAGGAGACGGAGAGGAGAGGAGAGGAGAGGAGAGAGAGAGGGAGAGGAGAGGAGAGGAGAGGAGAGGAGACGGAGAGGAGAGGAGAGGAGAGGAGAGGAGACGGAGAGGGGAGGAGACGGAGAGGAGAGGAGAGGAGAGGAGAGGAGAGAGAGGAGACGGAGAGGAGAGGAGAGGAGAGACGAGAGGAGAGGAGAGGAGAGGUGAGGAGAGGAGAGGAGAGGAGACGGAGAGGAGAGGAGACGGAGAGGAGAGGAGAGGAGAGGAGAGGAGAGGAGAGGGGAGAGGAGAGGAGAGGAGAGGAGAGGAGACGGAGAGGAGAGGAGGAGGAGAGGAGACGGAGAGGAGAGGAGAGGAGAGGAGAGGAGAUGGAGAUGGAGAGGAGAGGAGACGGAGAGGAGAGGAGAGGAGAGGAGAGGAGAGAGAGGAGACGGAGAGAGGAGAGGAGAGGAGAGGAGAGGAGAGGAGACGGAGAGGAGAGGAGACGGAGAGGAGAGGAGAGGAGAGGAGACGGAGAGGAGAGGAGAGGAGAGGAGAGGAGAGGAGAGGGAGAGGAGAGGAGAGGAGAGGAGAGGAGAGGGAGAGGAGAGGAGAGGAGAGGCAAGGGAGAGGAGAGGAGAGGAGAGGAGACGGAGAGGAGAUGAGAGGAGAGGAGAGGAGACGGAGAGGAGAGGAGAGGAGAGGAGACGGAGAGGAGAGGAGAGGAGAGGAGAGGAGACGGAGAGGAGACGGAGAGGGGACGGAGAGGAGAGGAGAGGAGAGGAGACGGAGAGGAGAGGAGAGGAGAGGAGACGAGAGGAGACGGAGAGGAGAGGAGAGGAGAGGAGAGGAGAGGAGAGGGAGAGGAGAGGAGAGGAGAGGAGAGGAGAGGAGAGGAGACGGAGAGGAGAGGAGAGGAGAGGAGAGGAGAGGAGAGGAGAGGAGGAGACGGAGAGGAGAGGAGAGGAGACGGAGAGGAGAGGAGAGGAGAGGAGAGGAGACGGAGAGGAGAGGAGAGGAGAGGAGAGGAGAGGAGAGGAGAGGAGAGGAGAGGAGAGGAGACGGAGAGGAGAGGAGAGGAGAGGAGAGGAGAGGAGAGGAGAGGAGAGGAGAGGAGACGGAGAGGAGACGGAGAGGAGACGGAGACGAGAGGAGACGGAGAGGAGAGGAGAGGAGAGGAGAGGAGAGGAGAGGAGAGGAGAGGGAGAGGGAGAGGAGAGGAGAGGAGAGGAGAGGAGAGGAGAGGAGAGGAGACGGAGAGGAGAGGAGAGGAGAGGAGAGGAGAGGAGAGGAGAGGAGAGGAGAGGAGAGGAGAGAGGAGAGGAGAGGAGAGGGAGAGGAGAGGAGAGGAGAGGGAGAGGAGAGGAGACGGAGAGGAGAGGAGACGGAGAGGAGAGGAGAGGAGAGGAGAGGAGAGGAGACGGAGAGGAGACAGAGAGGAGACGGAGAGGAGACGGAGAGGAGAGGAGAGGAGACGGAGAGAGAGAGGAGAGGGAGAGGAGAGGAGAGGAGACGGAGAGGAGACGGGAGAGGAGAGGAGACGGAGAGGAGAGGAGACGGAGAGGAGAGGAGAGGAGAGGAGAGGAGACGGAGAGGAGACGGAGAGGAGAGGAGAGGAGAGGAGAGGAGACGGAGAGGAGAGGAGACGGAGAGGAGAGGAGAGGAGAGGAGACGGAGAGGAGAGGAGAGGAGAGGAGAGGAGAGGGAGAGGAGAGGAGAGGAGAGGAGAGGAGAGGAGAGGAGAGGAGAGGAGAGGAGAGGAGAGGGAGAGGAGAGGAGAGGAGAGGAGACGGAGAGGAGAGGAGAGGAGACGGAGAGGAGAGGAGACGGAGAGGAGAGGAGACGGAGAGGAGAGGAGAGGAGAGGGGACGGAGAGGAGAGGAGAGGAGAGGAGAGGAGACGGAGAGGAGACGGAGAGGAGAGGAGACGGAGAGGAGACGGGAGAGGAGAGGAGAGGAGAGGGAGAGGAGAGGAGAGGAGACGGAGAGGAGACGGAGAGGAGAGGAGAGGAGACGGAGAGGAGACGGAGAGGAGAGGAGAGGAGAGGAGACGAAGAGGAGAGGAGAGGAGAGGAGAGGGAGAGGAGACAGAGAGGAGACGGAGAGGAGACGGAGAGGAGAGGAGAGGAGACGAAGAGGAGAGGAGAGGGAGAGGGAGAGGAGACAGAGAGGAGAGGAGAGGAGACAGAGAGGAGACGGAGAGGAGACGGAGGGGAGACGGAGAGGAGAGGGAGAGGAGACGGAGAGGAGAGGAGAGGAGACGGAGAGGAGAGGAGAGGAGACGGUCUCACCUCCAAUCUGUGCGGAGGGAAAGAGUCCGAGUCCCCGGAGAGCUGACACAUUCGGCGGUUAGUGCGUGCGACAACUGCGCGGGGUAA